AUGUUAAAUAUAUUCAGUAAUAAACAAAAAGGGGUCUACGAUAUACUACUAUUUACUACCCCUUUCAAACAAAAACCCCACAUAAUUAAGAGUGAUUAUGAAAUAAAUCAAAAUACUAGAUAUUACCCGUUUGCUAGUAAAGAAUGAUCUACUAAUAUAUAUUCUUACAAUAAAUCUUAUACUAAAUCUUUAAUCAGUUUGAAUGCUAUACUAAAUAAAUUAGUUAAAAGUUAUUGUAAUAUUUUACAAAAUAAAAUAAAAAUACUAUUUAAACGUAGACGUGCUAACAAAAUGCGUUAUUCAGCUGAUAAAGUAUAUAUUAGUGGAAUUGAGUUAAGUCAUACUAACAGUAAUAUUUUUAUUACCUUGUCUCUAUUUAAUAAACGUAAGUACUCUAUUGAACAAUCUAUAAGAAAAGCUAUUACAUUGAUCCAAUAUCAUAAAAUAAGGGGGGUUAAUAAUAAAGUAAUAUAUAUAGCAAAUCAUAAAAACAGGUUACUUCAUUUUUUUAAAAAUAACUUUUGCAUAUCUAAAAAAUGAAAUAUUGCUUUUUUUAAACCUAUUGGUAAUGUAGUAAAAUAUUUUACAGUUAAUAUAGGAAAAAAACACCUUGAGUCACAUAAUAUACUUACAAAUAACAUUAAAUUAUUAAAUAAAUUCAUUACAUCACAAAUAAACCUAUUUACUUCUACAAAGGAAAUUAACUUUAGUAUAUCUAAAUAUAAUACCUUAUAUAUAAAAUGAAAAGGUUUAGGUUUAAUUAGUUUAAUAGAAAAGUUAUUUAACAAAAAAGUGGAAAUAGAGUUAAUUGAAUUAAAAAAUAUACAUUUAAAUAGUGCUGUAUUUUCAUCAGCAGUUGCUUUAAAAUUAAGAGAUAGGAAAAAUAAAGCAGUAAGAAUUUUAAGAAAAGCUAUCUUACAAAUGGUAAGAAUACCUGAUUUACAUACGCUUAUAACAUUUGAUGAUAAUAUUGAAGAAAUGAACAAAAACAAUAUUAUAAAUACUAUAAAACAACAAAUAGUAACUGGUGUGAGAUUGGAGGCAUCUGGUAGAUUAACCAGACGUUUAACAGCUAUGAGAGCGGUAUUCAAAUACAGAUAUGCAGGUAGUUUAAAAAAUAUACGUUCUUCAUUUAACAAUAAAUCUUCUACCAUGCUAAGAGGUUACGUUAAAUCUAACUCACAAUAUACAUUAAUAAACUCUAAAACCAGAAAUGGAACUUUUGGGUUGAAAGGUUGAGUAAGUAGCCAUAGUGGAAUAAUAGAAAAAUUGCAUUUAUCACCCUGUAAUCAUUACUUAGGAUUUGUUGAAGAUAAAGCUAUUUUCGGCUACCCUUGAGACGUUCCUCAACUAUUUAGUGAUUAUUUAUGUUUAUUUAAAGAUAAAUGUGCUCCAGGUUUAGAGUGAACAUUACAUAACCCACCUAAACCCCACGCAUUUAUUAGCUUACCAUUAACGAGUGGUUUGGAUAAAGGUAAAGGUAGAGCAAAAAGCUCACCGGAAGUAGAAAAAAUACCCUCACCUUACCCUGAAACGGAUUCAGAGGAUGAGAGAAAUAUCCGUAGAGCGCUAGAAGCUUCAUUGAAGCCGCCUAAGAUAGGAGAGCCUUCUACUAGUAAAGUAUCUCAAAAAGAGACUUCUCCAGAAUCAACCUAUAACCAUUCUGAUGCGGAAGCUAAGGUCCAGCUAUAUAAAGAUUGUAAUGAUGAAUUUCUACGUUAUUCAAGGCUCCAUUUUAAUUUAAAAAUUUCAUUGGUUAAAGAGCCUACAACUAAAGAAAAAGAUUCCUUAUCUUAUUACUUAGAAAAGGCUAAUUAUUUUAAACAAAAAAAAACAACUGUUGAACAAGAACUUAUGAAACAGGGGAUAGAACCCUCUGCUCAAUUUAGUUCAAAAUCUAGUUCAGUUAGAGGUUCUAGCUCUGAGUACGAAUCUGAGAGUUCUGAGGAUAGAAGCAAAAAGCGGGUGAAGUAUUCAAAUGAUAAGAAUAUAGACUCUUCUUUAGGUUUUAUUCUAUUCAAUAUUACACCCGUAUUACGUCUAUUAUCUUGUGUAUUUUCAGCGAUUUUUUUCCUUAUGUGUCUUAUUUUACCUGACUUAGAUUUAUCUUUUGUAAAAAUAGACUUAUCUCAAUUAUUAUUUACAUAUCUAAUGUUUAGUGUAACUAAAUUAAUAUACAAAUCAUAUAGAGUUGCUACUACUCUAUAUAAUCAUUUUUUGAAUAAAGAUUAUAUGAUAAUCUAUUUUAAUGUAUAUUUUUCUAUUGUUACAAUUUUAUUAUGUUUUAGUGAGAAUAGUGGUAUUUUUACUAUUUAG